CACCACCAAGCGCUCACACUCAAUCAUCACCUGAUCCUCGACUACAAUCUCACCUCGUCUUCUUCAGCAUAUACGCAUGGCUAGCCGUAUAUAGAGCUCUAGUCCUAGACGUUUCGCGCUUGCAUCUUCUCGGACCCUGAAUUAUAGGGCAUCGCUUACGUCCAAAACAUGGCUCGCCCGGCCACCGCGAGGUCCGGAAGCUCGAACCGCAAGCACGCCGCCAAUACCUACGAGUCCGUUCUAGAAGGCUACGAAAAUGUCGAAAUCAUCGGCAAAGGUUCUUUCGGACAGAUUCGAAAGGUUGUUCGCAAGUCAGAUGGCAAGGUAUUUGCGAGGAAAGAAUUAAGCUAUGAUCGCAUGUCGCCGAGAGAUCGGGCGCAGAUUGUGGCAGAGGUCAAUAUUCUCAGGAAGCUGACGCACAAGAACAUUGUGCAGUAUGAGGAGAGGUUCGCCGACACAGAGUCGAACACCUUGUACAUCGUCAUGGAGUUCUGUCAAGGGGGAGACCUCGGCGAGGUCAUCAAGCAAUGUCGGAGAAAAAAUCAGCUGCUGCCGGAAGAUACAGUGUGGGGUUACUUUGCUCAGCUGGUACAAGCCCUCGAUGCUUGUCACAAUCGUCGGACAGAGGAGUCAGCAGCUGGAGAUCCACCAAAGACUCUCCUACAUCGAGACAUCAAGCCUGAAAACGUCUUUCUUGAUCACGAGAAUAACAUCAAGCUUGGCGACUUUGGUCUGAGCAAGGAGCUCCAAGGAGCAGUGUCCUUUGCCAACACCUACGUUGGCACGCCAUACUACAUGAGUCCUGAGCUGACAACAGGAGCUGCCUACGAUGUUAAAAGCGACAUCUGGGCACUGGCGUGCGUCAUCUUCGAGCUGUGCGCCUUGGCUCCCCCCUUCGAUGCCCAUUCUCAGGCUGAGCUGACCUUAAAGAUCAAGUCGGGACAAGUACCCAGACUACCUCGGGCAUAUUCACAGGAGCUCAAUCACGUUGUUCGAACAAUGCUAGAUCUACAGCCGCGCAGACGACCAACGACCAAGCAGCUUCUAGAAGUCCCACAGAUCAGAGUCACCGCUCAAGCGUUGGAGCUCACUACUUUGGCGAGACAGCUAAAGGAGAGGGAAGCAGCUCUUCUCGCGAGAGAAGAGGCAUUCGAGGAGAAGGCAGCAGGGGCCAAUCGACUUCAUGCGCACCAAGACUUCUCCAACGAAGAGUACGAGGCAGAGCUGGAGAGGCGAAAGGGCGAGCUGGAGGCAGAAGAGACGCGCCUCGUAUGGAAAGAGAAGGAGCUGGAGGACAAGCACGAGCGGCUAGAGAACGAGCUGCGUCUGCGAGAGCAUCAGAUGCAGAGCGAGUUUGAAGCAACGGUGCAGAGAGAGGUUGAGAGGAGGGUGAAGGUAGAGCUCACGGCAAGGCAUACCCAGAUUGCCUCAAGCUCAGCAAUUGCCGGAUCGAGCACAAACAGCGCGAGGAGAAAGAAGAGCCUCAUCAACCUAAGCUCUGCAGCAAAAGCUAGUGAAGCAAGAGGAGACUCUGCAGGCAUCGACGAAUGGGGAGCUUUGCCCAAAGCUGCCAGUGACAGAGUUGUCGCAGAAAGCUCUCGUCGACAGAGCAACGACUCGCCGACAGGUGACUCUCCCACAAAACCCACCUUAAAUCGCGCACCGAGAUCAGAGCCCCUCUCGAGGAAGUCACUCUACGCCUCACCUACGCAAGACCGCCGACCGCCUCACCCACCAGUCUCGGCUCGCAAGUCCAUGUCUUCCCUGCGAACAGGGCGGGUAGGCCAGCUGCUCGAGAGGGAGCGGUACAAUCCAGCAGCGGACAAGUCAGAUACCACGAUGAAGGAUGUUACGGUCGACGAGAAGGAGAAUGACUCGAUUUACGGUUGUGUACCUGGAAGCCCUGCACUGUCGCUAUUGAAGCAGCAGAGGGCUCGAAGGAUCACGCUGGACCUGCAGCGACGCAGCGAGGACAAUGCCGAGCAGGACAACGGGGUCGUUCAGCAGCAGGAGCAGGAUGUGAGGCCGCCCAGCGGGGCUUCAGGAGACGUCGCGUCCACAGAGCAGAUACUGCAAGAUCUAGUCGGCGUUGGGCUCUCGGCCAACAAGCAUGACUCGGCUUCCUCUCUCUUGACACAUCCUCACAGUCGUCCCUCUUCGGCUGCAGGCGAGCAGCAAGGAAGUCCAUCCGAGGGGGCAGCCGCAGCAGUUGAAACGGUGCCAAUCUACGACAUCUCCAACGAUCCAGAUCUACCCUCACCCUUCUUGCGCAAACCCACUUCAAAGGCGGCUACAAGUCUCGUCGGCAAGCUGGCAAGCGCAAAAGCCAAGGGGAGCGCCGCUGGGCCUACGUCCCUGGUGCAGCGAGCAGCUGCUUUGCGUGCCGCUCAGAACACGGCCUCUGCAGGCAAGGCGGCCGUGGGCGAUGUAGCGGGCGCGCCUACGUUGGCUAAGCUAAGAGCAGGCAGCGACCGACCGCGGGCUAGUGUAGCAGGCUCAUCUGCCACAACUUCGACUUUGCUCCCACCAGCAGAAGAAAAGUCCGCUCGAGCCUCUCCUACAACCACCGCCUCUUCAUCGUCGUCCUCUUCUUCCACUUCCGCUUCCACCACAUUGUCCACUCGCAAAGCCACCGGCAGCGAGAGUUCCACCUACUCGCCUACGACGAGCGCCAGUGCGAGCGCGGGCAGGGAACGCCCGCGCUCCCGUCCAUCGGCCCUCUCCUCGAUCCCUUCUCUCGGCAGUGGAUCGGGACAGGGGCCAAGAAGGAGCUUCUACGGCGCUGCUGCCGGUGCGGGUACAGUGUCGGCUGGUGCGUCUGCGCCUGCGCUCCCUCUCACUUCUGGGUCAGCUCGAGAUUGAGGAGAAUGGAAACAGAAUGGUCCCCGUGAUCUGUACCCUGGCACGCCCCCUUCCCGCCUGCUUCGCCCCCCGUCCUCUUUCCCCCCUAUGCUCACUCAGAGUCGAACCUGUUGCGCCUACCCUCAUGCCCUUAUACCCUUUUGCUCUUUUGCAAUUCGCAUACUAUCCCUC